AGAAUUACAUAUACAGAAACACUAAGUUACUAUUUUAUAUGCAUACAUAAUUUAUUGACUUUGUGUUAAAAUGAUUUUGUACUAUACUUUCAAUUUUAAUUUUUCAGGGCAGCUAAUGUCUUGCAUUCAGUAUGUGGCAUAAAGAAAGGAGAUAAUGUUAUGAUUCUAUUGCCAAAAAUUCCAGAAUUAUGGGUUAUAAUCCUCUCUCUUUGUCAAAUUGGUGCAGUAGCAGCUGUAGGGUCAUUUCAAUUACAACCGAGGGAUAUUCACUACAGGAUAAAUUCUUUUAAAGCAAAAUAUGUCAUUGCUGACGAGGAAACAGCUGAAAAAGUUGAUCAGAUUAGUGAUUCUUGUCCAUCUUUAAGGAGAAAAAUCAUAUGUUGUCAAGAUCCUAAAAAUAAAGGAUGGAUAGAUUUUCUUACAUUUUAUAAAGAAGCUCAGCCUCUUAAUUAUACUGCAAAAACAAGGUACAAUGAUCCACUGAUAUUAUUUUUUACAAGUGGAACUACGGGUAAACCAAAAAUGGUUCAGCACAAUCUUGAAUGUAUUAAAUCAUUUCAUUCUAUAGGAAAUUAUUGGAUGGAUCUAACAUCGAAUGAUUUAGUAUUAAAUAUGUCAGAUCCAGGAUGGUCAAAAGGAAUUUGGGGAGGACUUUUCGUGCCAUGGACUAUGGGAGCAGGAAUUUUUGCUCAUCAUUCCAAGCUGUUUAAUACAGAAACAACAUUAAAGACUCUACAAGAUUAUCCAAUAACUACAUUUUGUGCACCACCAACUAUUUUUAGAAAACUUAUCAAAUCAGAUCUACAUAGGUAUAAGUUUUCUCAUUUAAGACACUGUUUGAGUGCUGGAGAACCUCUUCAUGCAGCAGCAAAUGAACAGUGGAGGAAAAAUACAGGUAUCUAUAUCCAUGAAGGAUUUGGUCAAGCAGAAACGUCAUUGAUUUGUGGAAUGUAUCGUUGUAUAAAAAGAAAGCCUGGAUCAAUAGGAAAACCUCUUCCCGGUGUACAGCUCGCUAUACUUGAUCCUUACUACAAUGAAUUGGGACCUGGUAAAGAAGGAAUACUAUCUGUCAAACUGAAGCCUCAUGCACCACUUUCAUUAUUCAAGGAGUAUUUAAAUAAUCAAAAAGAAACUGAUGCGGCAUUUCGUGGUGAUUACUAUCUUACGGGUGAUAGAGCUUAUAAAGAUGAGGAAGAGUAUUAUUGGUUUGUUGGACGAAAUGAUGAUAUCAUUUUAUCUUCUGGUUAUGCAAUUGGACCAUGUGAAGUGGAAAGUGCAUUACAGGAACAUCCAGCAGUAUUGGAAUCUGCUGUUGUUAGUAGUCCUGACCCACAAGGAAUAGAAACUGUAAAAGCUUUUGUUGUUUUGAAUAAAGAAUAUUUGCAUUUGGAUAAAAAUCAAAUGACAACAGAUCUUCAAGAUCAUGUUAAAAAUAUAGCAUCUCCUUAUAAAUACCCAAGAAAGAUUGAAUUUGUAGAUAAACUACCUAAAACAGUUACUGGAAAAGUUCAAAGAAAAGCUCUGCGCAAAAGAGAAUGGUCUGAAGUGAAAAAGGAACAAAACAUUUCUGUUGCAUCUUAAAUAUCAUCAGAUCAUAAAAGUUCCAUCAUGCAUGUAUUUUACAUCAUUAAAAUUUUGAAUGAAAAACAUCUUUAAAUGCAAGAUCAUUGUAAUUCAAGAUUUGUACACAGAAUAUUUUGUAUAAAUAUGAUUUCAAAUAAACUUGAGAAAUUAUUU